CUCGUCGACGCCACCUUCAAUUUUUUCCAGGGAGAAUUAGUUCUGCCUCUAUCGAGAGCGACUUUCCGAGUCACAAGCGAGAGAGAGAGAAAGAGGGUGAUGGCGAGGAGGAUUGAGAGCAAGGCUAUGGCGUUCCUGCUUCUGUUUGCUUUAGAAUUCUUUCUGGGGUUGGCAGCGGCUGCUGAUGAUUCACCGAAGGUCGGGACGGUCAUUGGAAUUGAUCUCGGGACUACGUAUUCUUGUGUCGGUGUGUACAAGAAUGGUCACGUGGAAAUAAUAGCCAACGAUCAAGGAAACAGAAUCACCCCUUCAUGGGUCGCAUUCACAGACACCGAACGCCUUAUUGGAGAAGCCGCGAAGAAUCAAGCGGCCAUGAAUGCGAAGCGCACUGUUUUUGAUGUGAAGCGCCUCAUAGGGAGAAAGUUCAAUGAUCCAGAGGUGCAGCGAGAUAUUAAGUACUUGCCUUAUAAGAUCGUGAACAAGGAUGGAAAGCCUUACAUCCAGGUGAAAGUGAAAGGCGAAACGAAGGUCUUUAGCCCUGAGGAGAUCAGCGCUAUGAUAUUGGGGAAGAUGAAAGAGACGGCGGAAGCUUACCUCGGAAAGAAAAUCAGGGAUGCUGUCGUCACUGUCCCAGCUUAUUUCAAUGAUGCUCAGAGGCAGGCCACGAAGGAUGCGGGCGUCAUUGCUGGCUUGAAUGUGGCUAGGAUUAUAAACGAGCCUACAGCGGCAGCUAUUGCCUAUGGCCUGGACAAGAAAGGAGGAGAGAAGAACAUCUUGGUUUAUGAUCUCGGCGGCGGUACAUUCGAUGUGAGUGUCUUGACCAUCGACAACGGCGUGUUUGAGGUUUUGGCGACCAGUGGAGACACCCACCUUGGAGGAGAGGACUUCGAUCAUAGAGUCAUGGACUACUUCAUCAAGUUGAUCAAGAAGAAGUACAACAAGGACAUAAGCAAGGACAGCAAGGCCCUUGGGAAGCUUCGAAGGGAAUGCGAGAGGGCUAAGAGGGCACUGAGUAGCCAGCACCAAGUCCGGGUCGAGAUCGAGUCUCUCUUCAAUGGGAUCGAUUUCUCGGAGCCGUUGACGAGGGCGAGAUUCGAAGAGUUGAACAUGGACUUGUUCAAGAAGACGAUGGGUCCAGUUAAGAAGGCCCUGGAAGACGCGGGUCUCAAGAAAACAGAUAUCCAUGAAAUCGUUCUUGUUGGAGGAAGCACAAGAAUUCCUAAGGUGCAACAACUUUUGAAGGACUUCUUUGAUGGAGAAGAGCCCAAUAAGGGUGUCAAUCCUGAUGAGGCUGUCACCUAUGGCGCUGCUGUUCAGGGUGGAAUCCUUAGCGGUGAAGGCGGCGAGGAAACCAAAGAUAUCCUUUUGCUUGAUGUGAUUCCGCUUAGUCUGGGUAUCGAGACGGCCGGUGGCGUCAUGACCAAGUUGAUCCCUAGAAACACUGUCAUCCCGACCAAGAAGUCUCAGGUCUUCACUACAUAUCAAGAUCAACAGACUACAGUGGCGAUCAAGGUCUUCGAAGGUGAAAGAAGCUUGACUAAAGAUUGUCGCGAGCUUGGAAGGUUCGACCUCUCUGGCAUUCCACCUGCUCCAAGGGGAGUGCCCCAGAUUGAAGUCACAUUUGAAGUUGAUGCGAACGGCAUCGUGAAUGUGAAAGCAGAGGACAAGGCCGUGAAGAAGGCAGAGUCCAUCACCAUCACGAACGACAAGGGGCGGCUCAGCCAGGAAGAGAUCGAGAGGAUGGUGGAAGAGGCUGAGCGGUUUAGAGAAGAGGAUGAGAAGGUCAAAGAAAAGGUGGAUGCGCGGAACAAGCUGGAGAGCUACGUAUACAGCAUGAGGGCCACCAUCAGCGACAAGGACAAGCUCGUGGACAAGAUCGACGCGGACGACAAGGAGAAGAUAGAGAGCGCCCUCAAGGAGACGCUUGAGUGGCUGGACGAGAAUCAGACCACGGCGGAGAAGGAGGACUUCGACGAGAAGUUGAAGGAGGUGGAGGCGGUGUGUACGCCGGUCAUCAAUCAGGUCUACGAGAAGAGCGGUGGCUCAUCUGCCAGCCCUGAAGAUGAUGAAGCUUAUGAUGAGUUGUGAAAAACCAGGAGUUCUUUCGACAUUUUUGUUCGGUUUCUUUCUCUUUCUUGUAAACAUCGAUUCGAUCGAGAUGAUAGCAGCUAUAGGAUUUUAUCAUUUUCGGAUCUUCGUUGUAAAUGAAAGAUCCAGAAUUCGAUGGCUUUCAAGGUUGCGCUUCAUGGCUUGUAAAUGUUGCUGGAAAUAUGACAGUUGACUGGUUGUUUGGCUUA